AUGGCGGCGGCUAAGCUGCCUGGGGGUCGCAUCGACCAUGCUCAUCACUACAACAAUGCUUAUCGGGCUCUCGACGAAACGUUGGCCAUGGAAACAGCACUUCUGGCUGCGUUGGCUUUAGUUAAUCCUACCGAAACGUUGAUUGUCGUUACGUCGGACCAUUCCCACGUUUUGACGAUGGGUGGCCAAGCCACCCCCAGGGGUCAUCCAAUUCUUGGUCCUGACAGCAAAGUCUCCGAUGUGGACGGUCAACCGUACACUACGAUUCUGUACGGAAACGGUCCUGGAUUCGCGAAUCCUAGAAUCGUCCCGAUGAACACGACGUCAGCUGCAGAGGAUAGAAAUCAAGUGCACGGCUCAGCAGUUCCGCGUCAAUGGGCUACUCAUGGAGGAGAAGAUGUUCCGGUUUAUGCUCUCGGACCAUUAGCUACUACACUUUUCACAGGAACAUUCGAUCAAAGCUACAUUCCUCAUGCCAUCGCCUAUAGUGCGUGUUUGGGAGAACAUCGCCUGAGAUGUCAAGGAUUGGAUAACUACACAAUGCCUCCAAUGAAUUGUGGCUCUGCAGAAGUGUCUAGUGUGGCGGCUGCCGGACAACCAAUAGUCAUCGCCAGUAGCGUAAUGGCAGACGAUAGCCAGAGAUCCAAGUCGUCGACCACUUCAAUAUCAUCUUCUAUUUUCAUUGUUACUAUGAACGUUGUACUUGUAGAAUACUGAACUUACAUUUCUAUAAAGUGUAUGUUGAUGAGGAUUGAUCUCUGAUUAAUAAGUUCGAGAAGUCAAGUCAAAACCACAUCGAAUUUUUCUGUUCGAUUAUCAAGAUA